UCACAUUUGCUAGUCAUUUAUCAGGAAUACUGUGGAGCAGUCUACAACAGCAAGAUAACAUUCAAACAGAAAAGACAAGCAGAAACAGAAAGCUCAUCAGACUAACCACAAAAAUACACCAGCUGAACCAAAUAAGGAAGAGAACUUGUGCUGCAAUGGCAAUGCUACUACAACUGAUCUUCACACUCUCCUAUUUGGCUUCAGUCACAGAGACCAGUGAUGUGUUCAGACUGGUUGGCAGCUCUGUUCAACUGGACACACAGGAUCCUGUACCAGAGUUUGAUGACUUAUUAUGUUAUAUGAUAACAAGUCUAAAACUACUAUAUACUAUUUUGAUUAUAAAGGCAGAGUGGAGUUCAAUAAUGAAACCUACAGUCUGACACUGAAGAACUUACAGAAGACUGAUAGUGGACUGUAUGAAGUAAGAGCAUCUGGUGAUGUGGUCACAAUUGUUGCUGAGUACAGACUCUCUGUGUUGGAUCCAGUGGACACUCCAGUCCUGACUCCUGUCCUUCACCAGCAAAGCAGAGGCACAUGUAGGAUCACUCUGACCUGCAGAGUUCAUGACUACUGUAUCAGCUCCAGCUGUUAUGAGGAAACCUGUGAAGAGAAGGAAGUGACAUCACCUGGAGAUGUCAUCCUUUCCCUGUCUGUCAGUGGCAGCUCCAUCAUCUGUAACCGCAGCAACCCAGUUCCAGAAACUUUGUAGGCAAGAUCACCUAAAAACCUUCGUCAUAUGUAUUUAUUUUUUUGGGAUGAAUCAAUAGGCAAGUCCCUAGGCCAGCCCCUGAAAAACAACCCUCCACCAAACUUCACAGUUGGCACAAUGUAGUCAGGAAGGUAAAGUUUAUCUGACAGUCAACAAACCCAGACUCAUUCAUCAGACUUUUAGAUAGAGAAGCGUGAUUCGUCACUCCACAGAAUAUGUUUCCACUAAAGAAAACUACAUCAUGGAAACCAUUUUAAUCACAUUGAAUUGAGUGGUUUAUUCCUAUUUGACACUGGAAUUUUCUAAAAUAUGUCACACUAAUAAUAUGACAACCAGUGUUAAAGGAUGACAGAUAUCACAAAAUACCAAAACAACUUACCUUCAUAUCUUUGUUCUUUCUCUACAGUGCCCACACGUGUGUUCGCACAAGUUGGCAGUUCUGUUCAACUAGACACUCAGCAUCCUGUACUGGAGUUUGAUGACUUAACCUGGGUUUUUAACAGAACUAAUAAUGUUCUAAAAUAUUAUCCUGAGUUUAAAAAAGCUAAACAGUAUCCUGGUUAUGAAGGCAGAGUGGAGUUCAAUGAGGAAACCUACAGUCUGACACUGAAGAACUUACAGAAGACUGAUAGUGGACUGUAUGAAGUAAGAGCGUCUGGUGUUGAGGUCAGAGCUGUUGCUGAGUACAGACUCUCUGUGUUGGAUCCAGUGGAGGCUCCAGUCCGGACUCAUCAGCUAAGCAACGACACCUGCACCAUCACUCUCAUCUGUAGAGGUCAUGACUACUGUAUCAACUUCAGCUGUUGCAAGGAAACCUGUGAGGAGAAGGAAGUGACAUCAGGUGGAGGCAUCACCCUUUCCCUGUCUGUCAGUGGCAGCACCAUCAUUUGUAACCAUAGCAACCCAGUCAGCUGGAAGACGGAUGUUUUGGAGAUGAGAAGACUUAAACAACUCUGUGCUGAUGAAGGUGAAGGUGUGAACACAGAUACACACAGACACAAACACUGCCUCUAA